CUGCUGGUUGAAGCCCAAACAAGCUUCCGUUUCAAAAUCUUUGUCAAUAAAGUUUCAUUGACAAACUUUAAAACCAAGAUGGCGGCGUGCUUACCGCUGUCUGUAAAGAUGUCACCCUCAGCUUUAGUGGGUUUUAGGUUUCUUUUUAAGGAGCAGUUCUGUUCCCGACAGCUGUUAAAGUCUUUGACAGAGUUCUGCAGACGAGGUUAUUCGGUGACAGCCAGGGAGGCGGUGGAGGAAAUCGGGGUCAGCGGCACCGGGUUCAGCGGUCCUCUGGAGCACUACAGCGGGAUGGUCAGAGACGGGAGCAUGCGGGAGGAUGAGCAUCAGAAGUCAGUGCUGCAGACACUGGACCAGCUGCACAAAACGCUGAGAGGAUACAGCAACACACCCACUUCCAUCUUCUCCAGGUUUUUUACUAAACCGAAGCCCCCGAAAGGCUACUACAUCUACGGUGAUGUUGGAACAGGAAAAACUAUGGUGAUGGACUUAUUUUACUCACAUGUGGAGACGGAGAAGAAAAAGAGGGUCCAUUUCCACGGCUUUAUGCUGGACGUGCAUAAAAGGAUCCACCGGCUGAAGCAGAGUAUGCCCAAAAGGAAGGCGGGGAAAAUGGCCAAGUCAUACGACCCCAUCGCUCCAGUUGCAGAGGAGAUCAGUGAGGAGGCUUGUCUGUUGUGCUUUGAUGAGUUCCAGGUCACAGACAUCGCAGACGCCAUGAUUCUUAAACAGCUCUUUGAGAAUCUCUUCCUGAACGGUGUGGUCGUCGUGGCUACUUCUAAUCGUCCCCCUGAAGACUUGUAUAAAAACGGACUGCAGAGGGUCAACUUUGUGCCUUUUAUCGCCGUGUUGCAGAAAUACUGCCAAACCCUUCGCCUGGACUCCGGGAUCGACUACCGCAGACGGAACAGACCCUCCGCUGGGAAGCUCUACUUUCUCUCCGGCGAGCCCGACGUGGAGGCAACGCUGGAUAAGAUGUUUGACGAGCUGGCUUUCAAGCAGAAUGACAUUACGCGACCGAGAGUUAUGAACGUUCACAACAGGAAAGUCCGUCUGAACAAAGCCUGCGGGACCAUCGCAGACUGUACGUUUGAGGAGCUCUGUGACAGACCUUUGGGUGCCAGCGACUACCUGGAGAUGUCGCGGCUGUUCGACACCCUCUUCAUUCGACACAUUCCUCUGCUGACGCUCAACAAGAAAACCCAGGCCCGGCGGCUCAUCACGCUGGUGGACGCGCUCUAUGACCACAAGGUGCGGGUGGUGAUUCUGGCAGAGAGACCCCUGGAGGAGAUUUUCGUACAGGACGGGGAUCACGGCCACGACGAGAGCCACAUCCUGAUGGACGAUCUGGGGCUGAAAAGGGACGAAGCCAGCAGCCUGUCCAUCUUCAGCGGAGAAGAGGAGCGGUUUGCCUUCCAGAGGACAGUCUCCCGCCUGACUGAGAUGCAAACGGAGGAGUACUGGUUGGAGGGGGACAGAAGCCUAAAAGCGCGGGCGUAACGCCGGGAGAAAAAGGCCGCCACCUUACUCCACGGACUCUAUCACUACCUGCCAAAAGCUACUCAAAUCAACAUUGGGACUCUCUCCUCCAGCAGAGUGCCUGCAAACGUUGCACAGAGGGUAUUUAUUGGAAUCUGAGGAUCAUUUUAUUGCAACACUGCACUUUAUGCAUGGGUUAUAAAAUGAAGUUUAGGCUUGUACAUUGCUUUUAAGUCAGUGUCAUAACCAGGUCCAUGUUGUUUUGUAUCUCUAGCAGCUGGACACGUUUUUUUAAAUCGGAAUCCAAGAAGGUUUAUACAGAGAUUUUUAAGGGAUAUUUUAAUCUGAACUGGGAUAAAUUCUGGUGUUUAUUCGAAUCGUUUAUCCUAAUGAGAUGACCAAUUCUACCGAUGCCGCCUGGGAAAUUGUUGGCAGAGACCAAGUAAUCAAAUCUGGUUCAGUUCAUCCGUUUUGUUUUUCUAAAAAUGGGAAACAUAAACGUAGAUGAUUAUAUCUUUGUUUCAUGUGACUUUAUCUGUCGAUAUGAGGGGCACACUUGUUUAAUUGGUGGCCUGUUUAGAUUAAUAUUCAAUUGAAUCAAAGAAACUAACACUUAAAGUAAUAUCGUCUCUUUAAAAAUGAUGCUAUUACAAGACGGCCAAAUCAGAGAAUGAUUGGAAGAAUGAACCAUUUGGCUCUUCUUCGAGGGAAACAAGGCACUGGACAGCUCAGCAAAACCUAAAGGACUGGAAAACCACACAGAACUAUGUAAGCGGAUGAUCAGAGAAGAACCAAAAAAACAGAUUUAACGCAUCCAGACAAGAACGCUCCUAAAAAUAAAGGUCAUCUGAAAAACUGCCGCCCACUGUGAAAUGCAACGUGUCAUUUGUUAAACACGGGGGUGGUAGUGUUAUGGCGCGGGUGCGUUCAUCUUCCACCAGAUUUGGGUCACUGGUGUUUGUAGAGGAUAAGUCUGCUGACAGAUGAAAUCUGAGGUGCACAGACUGACGCUUC